AUGCCAAAAUCUAAAUCAACUAAAUCCAACAUCAAGGAUAACAAGGAUAACAAGGAUAACAAGAAUAUCAAGAACAUCCUCAAACAAGAUGAAUUAGAAGAUUCUUCCUCAGGCGAAGAAGAUUUCGACGGCGUUAGCGAGGAAUCAAUGCAGAAGCUUAUUAAAGUUUUAGGUGAGGAUGGCUUAGAUCAACAAGCUCUAGACCAAUUAGCUUACUUGAAUCAAUUAGAAGGAUCUCAAAAUGGCGAUGACAACGACGACGACGAUGACGACGAUCAAGAGGAUCAAGAAGACCUUGUCGACAAUGAAGCUCUCGUCUCAGGUGAUGACAAUAGCGAAGACGACGAUGAGGAUGAAGAGGAUGACCAAGAAGACGGUGCUGGUUUCAUCAACGACGAGGAAGAGGAUGACGAUGAAGAAAACUCUGAAGAAGAAGAAGACGAAUCCACCCACCCACUCACCCUUGAAGAUGCUCAAGACGUCGAUGAAGAUACUAGAGCACAAAUAACAACCAAAGUAACAGUCAAUAACAAAUCUGCAAUCACACGUAUCCUCAACGACUUCAAACUCUCAGAUAAGUUACCUUUCAUUGAAACACUCGCAGUAACCUCGUCAAAAUCCAUCAAAGACUUAGGUGCAGAAGACGUGUAUGACGAUCUUUCACGUGAAUUAGCCUUCUACAAGCAAUCAUUAGAAGCCGUCGAGAGAGCUAAGCCACAAGUACUCAAAGCUGGCGUUCCUUUCAGUAGACCGAAUGACUUUUUCGCAGAAAUGGUCAAGACUGAUGUACAGAUGGAGAAGAUACGUCAAAAGAUGAUGGAUGAGAAAUCUAACAUUGAAGCUUCUGAAAAGGCACGUAAGCAACGCGAAUUGAAGAAGGUCGGUAAAAAGGUCCAGAAUGAAAAGAUGAUGGAGAGACAGCAAUCCAAGAAGGAUAUGAUCGAUAAGGUUAAAUCUCUCAAGCGUAAGAAAGGUGGCGUUGAUGGCCUUGAAGCUGGUGAUGAUGACUUCGAUAUCCAAUUAGAAGAUGCCCUUGAAGGUGGUAAAGAAGGUAAAGAUGACAAUAAAAAGAGGAAAAUGUCAAGAGGUGCACGCGAUGCUAAAUUUGGCCAUGGAGGUAAAAAGAAGCACGCAAAGUCAAACACUAAAGACUCUACAAAUGCUCCAUUCAAGGGUAAUAAGAAAUCUAGACCAGGUAAAUCCAAGCGGAUUGGUGGAAAGUAA